AUGUUUUUACCCACCUACCCCCCUUUGGAAAGUGAUAUUGUUGUAAAUCCAGUUUUUGACGUGGAUGCAAAUCUCCUUCUAAUUUCAUCUUUUCUUUCUUCUCCCAACCCCCUCUGCCCCCCCCCGGCUGCAGCAGCGGAGCGCCUCUCCACGGCCGUCGUCUCGUCGGAGGAGCUGUCGGAACGCUGCUCGGAACACUCGGAGGAGAGCGGCAGCCCCAACGGGCACCACCCCGGGCCGGCCGGGGUCCGGCUGGCCCGGCUGGGUCACGACGCCCACCACCACCACCACCACCACCACCACCACCACGCCGCCGAGCAGGACCUGCUGACCUGCGGCCAGUGCCAGGCCACCUUCCCCCUGGCGGACAUCUUGCUCUUUAUCGAGCACAAGCGGAAGCGAUGCCACGGACCGCCCUGUUUCGCCGGAGGCAGGGGGCUGGACAAGCCCCCCUCUCCCUCGCCCGGCUUGGCCCUCACCCCGUCGCCCGCCCUGAGCGCCCUGCGGGGCCGGCGGCCCGUGGAGGUGGGCGUCCAGGCCACUCUGGCGGACGAAGACGACGAGCGGUUCUCGUCGCCCCGAGGGAUCUGCCCCAAACAGGAGCCCCUCCCAGGUAAGGAGGAGCCGACCACCUACACCUGUACUACCUGUAAGCAGUCUUAUGGCAGUGCCUGGUUCCUGCUGCAGCACGCUCAGAAUACCCAUGGAUUUCGUAUUUACUUGGAAAGUGAGCACGGCAGUCCUCUCACCCCACGCAUGGGUGGGCCUUCAUCCCUUGGUGGGGGCGCUGACUGCCCCUCGCAGCCUCCCCUUCAUGGCCUUCAUUUGCCUCCCGACGCCAGCCCCUUCAACCUCCUCCGCAUCCCCGGCUCGGGCUCAGGUGGACGGGACAGCGUUGGAGCAGGAGGUGUCAUUGGCGCCAGUGGUCCUGUUGCUGUGGGCCAUCAUCAGCGUUUUCCUCCCACACCACCCCUCUUCAGCUCCCCUCCGAGGAACCACCUGGACCCCCACCACCUGAGCCCAGAGGAGCUGGCGCUGGCAGCCCACCACCCGAGUGCCUUUGACAGGGUGCUGCGCCUCAAUCCUCCUCUGCCUCUAGACCCCCCUCCGACAAUGGACUUCUCUAGACGGCUACGAGAACUGGCGGGCAACACCUCAGGGUCCACUCCCCCGCUUUCCCCCAGCCGACCCAGUCCCAUGCAGCGUUUACUCCAGCCCUUUCAGACAGGAGGAAACGGAAGCACGGGAGGAGUGGGAGGCAGCAAACCUCCAUAUCUCGCCACUCCCCCACCUCUUCCUGGCUCCAUGCAGUCACCUGUCGGCUCUCAGACCACCCCUACGACCCCACUCCCCUCGGCCGGGGCAACACCUUCCUCUACCACUCAGUUGAAAUCAAAGUGUUGUGAGUUUUGUGGCAAAGCCUUCAAGUUCCAGAGUAAUUUAAUAGUGCACAGGCGCAGCCACACAGGAGAAAAGCCGUACAAAUGCCACUUGUGUGAUCAUGCUUGCACACAGGCUAGCAAACUGAAACGCCACAUGAAGACACACAUGCACAAAUCCUCUUCACCAAAUACAGGCAAGUCAGAAGAUGGCUUAUCAAUAGCUUCAUCCCCAGAGCCUGGCACCAGUGAGCAUAUAGGCAGUGCAAGCAAUGCGCUGAAAUCAGUAGUGGCCAAACUGAAAAGUGAGAAUAACCGCAUGUUACGUGAAAAUGGGGAAGAAGAGGAAGAAGAAGAGGAGGAGGAGGAAGAAGAGGAGGAGGAAGAAGAAGAGGAAGAGGAGGAGGAAGAGGAAGUAGAGGAGGAGGAAGUGCAGAACGGAGAGAGAGCAGUCAAAAGAAACAAUAGUUAUCACUUUGGACUAAAUCUGGAAACAGCACGGCAGCAUGAAAACAGUGGAGGCAUUGGGAGUCGACUGGGCGGAGUGGCUGAUGAUGCUUCCAUCCCUCGUUCCCUCCCUGAGGUGAUGCAGGGGAUGGGUCUGGCCGCCAGCAUGCAGCACUUCAGUGAAGCUCUCAACGCACAUAAACGAAACGCAAUGGCCCAAGAGAACCAUCUCCAUCACCACCUCAACAGAGACCACCAUCACAGCCGUGAAAUGUGUGAUGGAGACUCUGUGCUGGAAACAGAUCGUGGAGAGGAAAGCUCUGUUUCAGUCGUCAACGGGCGAGGAGCAUCUCCUAAUGAGUCUGCUUCUGUUGGCCUCUCCAAGAAACUGCUUCUGGGUAGCCCCAGUCCACUCAGUCCUUUCUCUAAACGCAUUAAACUAGAAAAAGAGUUUGACCUGCCCACCCCCACAAUCCCUAAUACAGAGAAUGUGUACUCCCAGUGGCUGGCUGGCUAUGCUGCCUCUCGACAACUCAAGGACCCUUUUCUGAACUUUGGGGAUUCCAGACAAUCGCCCUUUGCAUCAUCGUCCGAGCACUCCUCAGAGAACGGCAGUCUGCGUUUCUCGACCCCUCCGGGAGAGCUCGACGGUGGGAUGUCAGGUCGCAGCGGGACAGGCAGCGGGGGCAGCACGCCCCACCUCGGUGGUCCGGGGCGGCCGAGCUCCAAGGACGGACGCAGGAGCGAUACUUGCGAGUAUUGUGGCAAGGUUUUUAAGAACUGCAGUAACCUGACAGUGCACCGGCGCAGCCACACGGGAGAGAGACCGUACAAGUGUGAUCUGUGCAAUUACGCAUGUGCCCAGAGCUCCAAACUUACUCGCCACAUGAAGACCCACGGUCAGGUGGGCAAAGACGUGUAUAAGUGUGAGAUUUGUAAGAUGCCCUUCAGUGUUUACAGCACCUUGGAGAAACACAUGAAAAAAUGGCACAGUGACCGUCCUUUGAGUACCGAAAUAAAGUCCGAAUAGAAGACAGAACAAUGGGACCUUUUUCCCGCAGCUGUGUCCACCAUCGGUUUCCUGCUCAUUCCCAGCCCCCUUGUAGAUUUGCUCCAAUCCCAACACUCCACUUUCACCAGUCCGGUGGAACCUUAAGACCAUGUGCUCUGCACCAGCACACCCCGUUUCCAUUACCCAUCGAAUGCAUGAUCUGUAUCGGGGCAAUACUCUUGCAUUGACGCAAAACUUUGAGCCUUUCUCUUGUGCAAUAAUUUACACGUUGUGUACUAUUUUCUUUUUAUUUUUGAAUUUUCUUUUGCCAUUUUAAAGGAUUAGUCAGCAUGCAUAGUAUGUUUUUGCUAAUCAAAAAAAGGAAAAAAAUUCAGAAAAGAACUUGUCUCUGGUUGGUUAGUUGUUGAGUAAAUGUGUUGCUGUUUUCUUCUUGUUAUUUUUUCUUUUUAUUCUUCAAAAAGAAAAAGAAAAGAAAAAUAUAUCCAUGCUGCAUACAUUCUGUAACACAUAUCAUGUACAGUUUUGUUUUGUAACAUGGAAAGUGAACAGUCACUUGACCCUCUUCAUACAACCCUGAAAAUGCACUUAUCCUGAUCUUUUUGAAAGAUGCCACGUUCACACAGGGUUUUGAAAACAAAACAAAAAAAUGGAUUGGCUUGAGAACUAAACUGAAAGUGAUGAGAGCCUUCAAAUUUCUUUCAAAAAGACAAAGUGGGAAUAAGAAGUCGAUUUGUACUCUCAUUUGGUGGAAUAAGAAAGAGUGCCUUUGAUAUCCUAAGACCGCAUUGGCCACAGUCUUCUCCAUUCAAGUUUGGGGUCCUAAAAACAUUUAAGCCAACCAGGAAAGGUCCUUGCAUCAAGCACCUGCCUGCUCAAAUGGACUGUGACCACUCAUGGUGAAAAAUUAGAAUCAUCAUUUAGCUACCUAUUAUAUGUUCAAUAUGUGGAAUUUCGAGGCACACGGUACAAGCAGUAUUGUGUAUAUCUGAAUUAUUUGUAGUUUUGUUUCCGGUAGGAAGGUACUUUUUAAAUAAAAAGUAAUCUGUUACGUACAAUCCUGAACUUGAGGGAUGCGGCACAUUGCUGACAAGUGUCAUGUAUCUGCAUUAGCACAAACCUACAGCGCUGCUCCAGAAUGUCAGUGUGUGGAAUAAUGCAUAAAUUAAUAUAUGAGCUCAAAGUGAAGCUAACUUUAGUUGAGAGCAUUGAACUAAUUACAAGCUAGACAGACAGAAAGCUACACAGACCUGUAUGUGUUACUGGGAUCAGAGGCAAUGGUAUUCUCGUAACAUUUCGAGUAUUUAAACAAGGUCAUCAGUUCAGACUGGUAGAGAAAAUUCAAACUAUAUUCCAGGGCUCUUGAGAAAAGUUUCAUGAUAAUUAGUAUGUACAGGCUAAUGCAGGGCAGUUUUUAUUUGUUUGCUGUUGAUUUUGAACCCAAAAGGAGCAAGUUUGUUUCAUUGGUUUAAUUUAAGCUACUCAUUUGGUGUGUUCCACUUGUACUUGGAAGUCAAGAUUUUAGAGCUCCAGGUAGAAAAAAAACAAAACAAAAACUGAAUGCUCCUAAAGUCACAAUUUUGAUUCGUAAAGUGGGAGGUCCCUGACAAAGUUUGACCUCAAAAUCAAAUAUGGCUGCCGAGCACACCCAAAGUUGUGAUAGUGAUAAACCUUUCAUUUACACUUCUCUCAACUUGAAUGCCAUUGAUAAAAGUUGCAAACAUUAAUUCACAAUCUAUUGGAAAGAUGUUGCUGCAAUAUAUAAAUGCAUAGAAUGCAGAGAAAUAUAUCUUUGGCUUGUGUGGCCAAUAAUAGGUACAACUAAAAAAUCCUGGUUACUGAACGUGAGCACAGCUAAGGAGUGACGUCAUCUGACUUCUGAGAUAAAUGGAACGCAGCAAUCGUAAAGCUCUUGUCACAAAGUACCAUCAUUAGUCUUGGGUUGUUCCACACUGAUGCAGAUUUGGUACAUGGGCUGAGUCUAAAAGCUGUAUUUGUUCAACAUGAAGUGCUUUGUUUCACCCUGUUUACGCUGAAGGGGAAAACCUUUAUCUAAUGCUGUCACAUGCCGAGGGUCCCAUUGUUACGAACAGUCAAAGAUGACGCACAGAAUCUGUUGCUAGCAACUUCAGCCUCAUGACCCUUGACCUUUGUAGACCUGCCAUUUCACCUUUGAUCAUUUGUAUGUUUGUGAACCCUGAAAAUCCCAGCCAUGAGCUGUGGAUAAUCACUGUUCCUGGUAAAUAAAAAAGAAAAAAAAAAACAUUUGCAAGUUACAAAAGUGCUCCUGCAUGGGAGUCAACUGAAUGCACUCUUACUGAGUUUAGUAAAAAAAAAUACACUUUUUUAAAGCAGCUGUGCUUUUCAUCACUGAAAAAAAAACUGAUAAAAAAUAAUUAAAAGACACAGCUGAAUUAUUUAUGAACCGUGUUGCUUUAACAACAGACACUCAAAUCUUGUCUCUCCCAGAAUCUGCUUUUUGUAUAAAUCAUUCUUUAAUCACAAAAAUCAAACAUUUUUUGGGGAAAAAAAAGUCUUCUAUAUUUUAGGGGAAAAUGUUUUUUACGUUUUCUUGUUGUUUUCCCUCAGCGUCUUGGUGGUGUUCAAGACUCUAAUCACAGUGUAAAUGAAAAAAAAAUGUACAAAAAUUUUUAAAUGUGUUUUUAAUUUAAUUUAAUUUAAUUAUUUUUCUGUUGCUAUUUUAUUUCGUUUUGCCUUGGCUCUUCACAGCUCUUCAGGUUGAGAUCCAAAUUGCAUCGGGGGGAAAGGAUUAAAAUUAUAUAUGAAUAUAUGAUAUAGAAGUUAAAAUCUAGGACAAUGCACACUCCUGUCAGUUCCUAUACUUACACACAUUUAUGGUCUACUUUUUCUGUAUUUCUAGAAUUGUAUUUGAAUUCAAUGUUCACUUAGAUUAGGCACUAUAGUAUUUAUAUUGAGGCUCGUAUUUUUAACUGUUGCUUGUUCUCUCUGAAGGUAUUUACCAUACCUUUUUGGUAGUGGAAAAAAAAAUUCUGCUGCCACGAUAUAUUUUUUUAAUUUGGCAGGAUAAUAUAGUGUGAAUUAUUUGUACGUUUAAAGACAUUAAAAAAAUUCCAAUAAAGCAGCUAAAUAAGUGGGGCUGGGAUGCAAUGCAGGCCAUCAGAUGGCUGCUGCUUAGGUUCUGGUCCACAGAGGUGGUUGUACAUAUCUUGUUUGGGUUUUGGGUCCCUUACUCCGCUGCCAUCUUUGUAUGCAGUAAAGAAAGCUGAUGUUGGCCUGUUCUGUUGUGUGCUUCUGUCUCUUUCUCACCUCUCCCACCUGACGACAUUCCAACAUCGAGAAGAGGAAAAAAAAAAAACAACAUAUGCAGUACAUGGAUUACAUUUAAAAACGUUAAAAACAUUUAAAAAUGAAUGAAAAUGUUUUGUUUUUUUUCAUUGCCAAAUACUAAAUGGUGCUUUAUAUUUAGAUUGGGUGAAUAUACUUUGAUAUGCAAAGCAUAUUUAAAAAUGACCAGGGAGAUGUGGAGAAGCCUGCUUGAGUUAAGACUUUUUUGUAAAUGGCAAUGCGGAAUAUUUUGUUAUCAGCCUUUUCUAUUCCUGUUCUGAGAGCUGUUUGUUGUAACUUGAACUUGAACUUUAUCUUUUACAAUGGGAGUUACUAUUUAUUAUCACUUAAAUGCUCUGUUCAAAACAGAGACAUGAAAUGGAGUCUUAUUUUGGGUUCAUUUUUUAUUUUUGGUUAUGAUAUAAUUUUAUUAUUAAUAUUAUGUUCUUUUUUUGUAAUGGUGGCCGACGGUCAUUGGACAAAACAAGCUCUUUAAUUUUUAUUGUACUUGUUUGGGGUCUCUGUUUAGUUGUAAUGGGAAUACCACUGUCCGUGUUUUCUGGCAGAUGUCUGCAUAAUCCUGUUCACACACCCAUUUUGUCCCUUUAUUGAAAAACAAUUAAUAAAAAAAUGAAAGUAUAAUGAAA